UUUCCUAUAUAAAUCCUCACAUAUAGCUAAUAGUUGAUAACGGUUAAGUGUUAACCAACUAAGAAUCAAACCACCUUAUUGUUCAGAAAGUUAGAAAUAGUAGUAAUGAUAAAAAAAGAAAUGGCAGAGGAAAUUAGAUUCUUUGAGCUGAACACAGGUGCCAAGAUACCUUCUAUUGGGUUUGGCACUUUUAUUGGGUUAGGUCAGGAUCAAAAUCCUGGUGUCUUGGCCGAAGCAGUCACUAAUGCGAUUAAGGUUGGAUACCGGCAUAUCGACUGUGCUUCAGCUUACCGCAAUCAAGCAGAGAUUGGUUUGGCUCUCAAGAAGCUAUUUGAUGAAGGUACUGUAAAACGUGAAGACUUAUGGAUAACCUCCAAACUAUGGUAUAUACUUUAUUCUAGAACUAGAAAUUUUACUCGUAAUAUGUAAAGUUUUAAAAAUAAAUUGUAUUUUAAUAUUUAAUU